CGCUCGGGCCGCCUCCUCUCCCGGCGCUGGGGCAGGCGCCGUCGCUAUGGAGUAGCUGGAGCGAGAAGGGGUCGAGCUGGGGCUGGAGCCAGAGACGGAGCCGGCGUGACAGGCGGCCCGCCGGGCCCACAGGGCAACGGGCAGCCGGGCACCGCGCCGGCAGCUUCCCCCAGUCUCAGCAGAGAGACAUAGGAUUCAGAACUUCUGUCUGGCAGACUACCAAGUCAGAUUCUUUUGGAACGAAUUAUCACAACUCGGAAAACUGGAAGUACACAGUACAGGGAAAGAGGAACUAAACUGGUAAUACAUUGGUGCACAUCUGAGACAAUGGAGUCCAUGCUGAAUAAAUUGAAGAGUACCGUUACAAAGGUAACGGCUGAUGUCACCAGUGCAGUCAUGGGAAAUCCUGUUACCAGGGAAUUUGAUGUUGGCCGACAUAUUGCCAGUGGUGGUAAUGGUCUUGCUUGGAAGAUAUUUAAUGGGACUAAAAAAUCAACAAAACAGGAAGUGGCUGUUUUUGUCUUUGAUAAGAAACUAAUAGACAAGUAUCAAAAAUUUGAAAAGGAUCAGAUUAUUGAUUCUUUAAAACGAGGUGUUCAACAGCUAACCAGGCUUCGACACCCUCGACUACUUACUGUUCAACAUCCGUUGGAAGAAUCCAGGGAUUGCUUGGCAUUUUGUACAGAACCAGUCUGUGCCAGUUUAGCCAACGUUCUUGGUAGCUGGGACAACCUACCUUCUCCUUUACCAUCUGACAUUAAAGAAUACAAACUUUAUGAUGUGGAGACCAAAUAUGGUUUGCUUCAGGUUUCUGAAGGCUUGUCAUUUUUGCAUAGCAGUGUGAAAAUGGUCCAUGGAAAUGUUACUCCUGAAAAUAUAAUUUUGAAUAAGAGUGGGGCAUGGAAAAUUAUGGGCUUUGAUUUUUGCAUCCAGUCAAACAAUCCAUCUGAACAGGAGCCAAAGUUCCCUUGUAAGGAAUGGGAUCCAAACUUGCCAUCCUUGUGUCUUCCAAAUCCUGAGUAUCUGGCCCCAGAAUAUAUUCUCUCUGUGAGCUGUGAGACAGCCAGUGAUAUGUACUCUCUAGGAGCUGUUAUGUAUGCAGUGUUUAAUAAAGGGAAACCAAUUUUUGAGGUCAACAAGCAGGAUAUUUAUAAAAGCUUUAGUAGACAGCUGGAUCAGCUGAGCCGUUUAAGCUCCAGUAAUCUUCAGAACAUACCAGAGGAGGUGCGUGAACAUGUAAAGCUGCUCUUAAAUGUAGCUCCAGCAGUGCGACCAGACGCAGAUCAAAUGACUAAGAUACCAUUCUUCGAUGAUGUAGGAGCAAUGACGCUUCAGUAUUUUGAUUCAUUAUUUCAAAGGGAUAACCUUCAGAAAUCACAGUUUUUUAAAGGUCUACCAAAGGUUCUGCCAAAACUACCUAAGCGUGUUAUAAUUCAACGAAUUUUGCCUUGCUUGACUUCUGAAUUUGUGAAUCCUGAUAUGGUACCCUUUGUCUUGCCUAAUGUCCUCCUAAUUGCUGAGGAGUGCACCAAAGAGGAAUAUAUCAGGCUCAUUCUGCCUGAUCUUGGUCCUGUUUUUAAGCAGCAAGAACCAAUCCAGAUCUUGUUGAUCUUCCUGCAAAAAAUGGACUUGCUUCUAACCAAAACUCCACCAGAUGAAAUAAAGAACAGUGUUCUACCAAUGGUUUAUAGAGCCUUGGAAGCACCUUCGAUUCAGAUCCAGGAGCUUUGCCUAAACAUAAUUCCCACGUUUGCCAAUUUAAUAGAUUACCCGUCAAUGAAAAAUUCAUUAAUUCCGAGAAUUAAAAAUGCAUGUUUGCAAACUUCUUCACUUGCUGUCCGGGUAAACUCACUAGUAUGUUUAGGCAAGAUUUUGGAGUACUUGGAUAAAUGGUUUGUGCUUGAUGAUAUUUUACCUUUUCUACAACAAAUUCCAUCCAAGGAACCUGCCGUGCUAAUGGGAAUUUUAGGUAUUUACAAGUGUACAUUUACUCAUAAGAAAUUGGGAAUUACCAAAGAGCAGCUUGCAGGAAGAGUAUUGCCCCAUCUGAUUCCUCUUAGCAUUGAGAACAAUCUUAAUCUUAAUCAGUUCAAUUCUUUUAUUUGUGUUAUAAAAGAUAUGCUUAAUAGAUUGGAGGCAGAGCAUAAAACAAAACUUGAGCAACUUCAUGUCAUGCAAGAGCAACAGAAAUCUUUGGAUAUAGCUAAUCAAAUGAGUGUGUCUGAAGAGGCAAGAUCUAGUAGUACAAGUAAUCAGAUUGACAAGGUAUUUAAUACUAGUGGAACUGACCUUCUAACUAGUGGAUCUGAUAGCAAAGAGAAUGAGAUGUCAUCAAAACAGAGAAAGGCAUCACUGACACUUGAAGAGAAGCAGAAAUUAGCUAAAGAACAAGAACAGGCACAGAAACUGAAAAGCCAACAACCUCUUAAACCACAAGCAGCUACAGUAACACCUCCAGUGAAGCAGACAAAAGACUUGACAGAUACCUUGAUUGAUAAUAUGUCAUCUUUGACUAGCCAGUCAAUCAACAAAGCUAAAGUUGCAUCUUCAAACAGCUUUCCUGUCCCUGCUAUGGGUGUUGGAAUGGGAUUUUCAUCACCUGUUGACAACACAAAGAGAAAUAUAACGAACGGACUAAAUACUAAUAUGGGUUUUCAGACUGCUGGAUUCAGCAUGGGAGCUGGUCCCACCACUCAGAAUUUCUUCAGCGGUCCAAGUGCAACAGGAACACCCAAGAUGAACAUUGCACCAGCUGCCAAUAUGCCAAAUUACAGUCCUAUGAAUGCUGCACCUGCAAUCUCUCCACUGACACAACAAAACAGACCUCCAGAUAUGUCUGCUCUAGAUAAUCUUUUUGGUCCUCAAAAACCCAAAGUUAGUAUGAAACAGUUGGCUCAACAGAAAUCAAACCAGUGGGUUAAUCAGUUUGUACCCCCGCAAGGGUCCCCAGGUGCAAGCAGUUCAGUCUUGGGACCUCAGAUGAACAUGAUAGGACAGCCUGGCUUUGGUAUACACGGUAAUCCUUUCUUUGCUCCUCAGAACUUUGCACAACCAGCAAACACAAUGACAAACAGCAGCUCAGCUAGUAAUGACUUAAAAGAUCUUUUUGGGUAAAAUGCUUUGUUUUCUUCUUUAAAAGAUGGAUGAAAUUUGGAUCCUGGGUAAGCUGAUUAACAUCUUUUUUGAUUAGUAAAGGCAUGACCUGGGGAAACUUUCAACCCAACAAAGUAAAGACUUUUGCACUGGAAAAAAAGACUGAUUUUUGCAUUCACCUGGUACUGCAGUGGAAUUGCAAAGUGCAAGGUCAUCGUACAUGCUAAAAAUUUCCUGUCUCUUAACUGAACAUCUAAGCACUGAAGGUAGGAUGCCUAUAUUCAAUUAAAAAAGAAGCAUCUAAGUAUUUCAAAAUUAUUCAGAGGUGUACUCAAUCAACUCCUUUGAAAGUUACUACAAAAUUUUAUUUCUGAAGUUCAGCAAAAAUGCUUAGGGGGUAAUAAUGCUGGGAUAACACCAUCCUGUGGCUCAGUCCUUUCCGUGCCUGCUAAAUUCUUAUCGAUGGUUUGUGCUUCCUGGAUUUGGCACAAACUGUCUUUUUGCCAUGUGACAGUUUGCAAAAAGUAAAUUCUUAUGCUGCCUCAAAAAGUUAUGUUAUAUAGAAAGAUCUCUAAGUAGUAACUGUGUCAGAGGCUAUGAAGAGAAAAUAUUUUGUAUUUCUUCUCUUAUGAGAUAAUUUAAAUUAAUGUGGUAGUAAACAACAACAAGAUUCAGGAGGCAUUAAGUUGGUUUAAAAUUUUGAGCAAGUUUGGGACAGGGUAAGAGCACUGGCUGGCUUAGGACCUGUUGUAUAAUGCCAGAUGCUUGUUACCAGCCACAUAGCAAAAGCAACAUCCCACUUUUAAAAUACAUGUGGUGACUUGAUCACAUUUAUUAUGUAUUCCAGUGUUUUGGCUAAUUUGACACUGCUUCUAACUGGUGUGAAAAGAAAAAAGAGUAUGAGUAGCUAUGGAACCUCCUAAAAAGAAUGUUCUGUGUAAAAUUCCGUUGUUGACUGCCCUAACUGUGGAACUGAACACACGCUGUUUAGUUACACAGAACUAUCUUUAAUUACUUCAUAGAUUUUUGGCUCUGUUGGAAAGAUGGAAGAAGGUAGUUUCGUACAAGUUGCACAUGAUUGUGUGAAAAAGCAGACUGCCAUAAAUUGCCUUGACUAGAAUGAACUAUUUAAUUUUGUUUGACUCAAGUCCCUAUGAAGGAUAGAUGAAUACCAAGCGAGUUCUCAAAUAUGAAUUUGUAAGCCCUAGAAUAUAUAGUAAAUACACAGGCAUUUCAGAUCCUUUUUAUUGUAUUACUCCAAAUUUAAUAAAGCUCUCCCAAGAAAACCAAACAGCAGUUUCUUCUACUUCCCAGAAGGUGUAUGUUCAGCUUGCCCAUGAUAGAACCUGUGCUCUGUCAGAUACUACUGUUGGGCUUUAACUUUUUCUUUCCUAGGAAUUUCAGGAGCUUUCUUACGUACUAUUUGAAGAGUAGAGCUGAGUAUUUUGAGAAGGAAAGAACUAAUUGCCUUUUUUUGGAAAGCCUACAUGCUUUAUUUUUCAAAGCCUUUCACUGGAGAAAUUGUUCUUUCAUUUGCUGCUUAAGAAACCAAAGGGCCUUAUGCUGUAAAUGUGACUUGUGUUUUGUUAUAUUUCCACAGUUCAAAGUGAUAAUAGCACUAAGCAUAUUUCUUAAAGAAUCGUUUAUGUAUUCUAGCUGCUGCCUUAGUCCUAUUAUUCUAAAAUACCCGGGACCAGUGAAAUUGUGGUUUAGAAAACAAUACCUAACACAUUGUGAUGGUUAUGUGCAGUUAAUAGUCAUGAUAAAGAUUGUAGGCUAUGUUAAGAUAUCUGUGUAAACUUAAGUACAAUACUAGAACUGUUAAGCUGUUGAAGUUCAUUUACAGUUACUAGUGUACUAUACUCUCAAUCACACUAAUGUCUUUUUUUAUGUCAACUUUUGAAAGCUAUGUUUUGUUAGGGUAACCUAAGGCAAGCCUUUGAAGAAUUACUUGAAUCUGUAUUCCUCUAAAUUAUAUGGAAAAUAAGUCUAUCUUAGAAAUAACAUCUCUUAGGACUCUACUGUGUAUGAAAUUAAUACAUCGUGGUAAAGGCAGUCUUAAAUGUCAGUGUCCUGUGCUGCAUUUUCAGUCACAGAUCUCUCUGGUCUGGGGACUUUUCAGAAAUGGAUUUUAAUUUAACCUAUUGGAAGGAAAAUCAGCUGGAAAAAAAAAUUAGUUGAUUUUAUAUACUAGACCUCCCUAAGUGUGGGGUUUGGGGUAUGUGCUUUUGGCAUGGGCUAUCUGAGAAUACAAUCUAUUUUGUAGGAAAAAAGUAAAAAAAAAUCCUACAGAUGCAAAUUAAGAGAGGCUCUUCUGUGCAGUAGUAAUGUGAUGGAAUAUGAUCUUUACCUGGCUCAAGUAAUGUCAUUUUUUUUAAAAUUUGGAUUUGAAAGCAUACUUUUGAUUUCUCUUGUUAACUGCAAUUUCCAGAAUGACCAGAGUAGAAAAAUAACAAGAAAGAAAACUGAAAAGGGUGCUUAUGAAAGUUUUAACAAAAUUUUCCUGUUAUUUAAAAAUAAAAAUGAAAAAUUAACUUUAAUUUAAAUGAGAGGGUCAAAUCUCUCUUCCCUGUAGAUGCUUCCUGCUUAUUGUGUCAGGAAACUGUGUGUGUGUGAAAUUCUCUAUUUCUUCUUAACUUAAAGGGAAGAGGAGUUGCAAGAGGUAAGUCAUUAAGGCCGUCUGCCACUUGGCUCUUGCUACAGUAGUUUUUCUUUAGAAAGCCUUGUCCAGUUGAUCUCUAUGCUUGCAAGUUGACAUUCUGAGGCCUUGCAAGAGCCUGGAAGACUCAUCUUUUGGCCAGAGUGGAUACCGUUGUUUGAGAACAACAGUUGUACUUCACAUCCAAGUUGUUUGGGGAGGAGUAGGAGGAAGGGACAGAGUUACAAAAUGUGGACAUUCCAGGAACCUCCUGUUUCUAGACUUGGAUGGAAAGCAUCUAGCUUUGUUACAUCUAGCUUUGCCUGAAGCAGAGGGACUAGUGCAGAACAGAAGGAGAACACAGAUUUGAAAUCUCUGUCUGAUUAUGAAAUUGCAAAUUCUGUUACUGAAAAAGUAAUCUGAUCUAAAAUAAUUUCUUAUUACCAUGGCUUGAACAAUAUUGAAAAUUAGACAAAAUUUCUACCCUUUGUUUUCAACCUAAUUUAAUGGAAAAAUGUGGAAGCCUGGCAGAUUGUAUCAUCACCUUACAGCCUCCACCUUCUGCACCUACUGCCAUUGCCCACUUUGAGCAGAUCUUCAUUCCACUGUGGAAAUUAAAGCAGAGUCUGGGCUGAACUGCUCAGGGCACCUGCUUUACUUUACAUUCAUUUUAUUAAGGAGAGGUAAAGAGAAGGGAGUAAAUACCUAUUCUUUAAUUGAUUUAUCUAUAUUAUGUUUGCUACAAAAGGAGAAAAGAGGUGGAAGUAGCUUCACAUCAUAAGUAUACGCAUCAGUUGUCCUUGCUCUGGUCUAUGCUAAAUUAAUGUGACUGCAACAAGACAGCAGUGUUUUCUGUAUUGGUUCCAUUUGGUUUUAAAUAUGAAACUGAAGCAUCUUCUGAAAACUCAGAAAACAAAUUAAUCCUGCUAAAUGGAUUAUUUAAGAGGCUUGAAAAGCCUCUGCUGGCACUGAUGGAGAGGAACCUUCAAACUACUGAGUUAAUGAUUAGCUUAGCAGCCCCUCAAUUUGCCUCUCUCCAGAGGAGAGAAACAGGGAGUGAAAUUCUACAAGUGUCAUUUCAAGGAUGGAGGAAGGAGCAUGGACUUUCUGUUCCUUUUCACACAAGUGGUGUCAGUAAAGCACAGAGCAACCUGUGGAACCUGCUUAUCCAGUAGGACAGCAGUACUGGAGGAAUCCUUUGAUAGGUAAAGGAGUCCACCAAUUACUUGGGAGAUGGAGAGAAAAAUUUUGCUGGGAAAUUGGGUCUUCCUCUCUCCAUGGUGGUGUGAAUUAGAAGUGUCUUGGGAAGUCAUGGCCUUACAGAGUCUGCACAGAUGCCGAGUACCCCAAUUAAAAGGUUGAAUUUUUUGAUGUAGAGGUGCACAACAUUUUGAGGCUUAUUAUUUAAACCUUUCCUUUUCUGUUUAGACUUUUUAGCAACACCUGUUUCACAUUUAUGUGGAGCUUAAAUAUCCCAAUGGCCAUUUAAAGUAAAAAAAAAAAGGUUAACAUCUGUAUUAUAACGUGUUAUAAUGUUACCUAUGUCUGUAGAUAAGUGUGUAUAUAGAGUACAGGAUUUUAGAUUUUUCAGUUCAUUUGCACCUAAACAGCAAAGAUUUAAAGAGAAGUUAGGUUUCAGUCAGAUCCCACAAGGCUUUCCAUAUAGGCUAACAAUUAUAUGAUACCUUUGUUAUCUGUCACAAAUUUACAUGAUUAGUCUGCCUAUAUCUAUGUGACUUGAGCAGAAAUUGAAAGGUUAUAAAAUAUAAGUUUAUGAGUGCUGGAUCUCUCAUUACAGAUGAGAUUUUUGGACUUUGAGUUACCUUUGUUUAUUGAUUAGGAAUUUUUUAUUGGGGGUGGGUGGGAUAUUGCUGAUUUGUGCCAUUUCCAGUGAAAGAAAUACAGAGAGGGGGAGUACAGAAAAAAUACCCUGUUGUAUAUGUGACCCUUUUUUGUUCUUUGUUAAGAGAUAUGCUGCAUUUUAUAUACUCCUUGUGGACUUUUGCUCUGAAAUAGCUGUGGGGAGACCUAUCUGGAGAAUUUCAGAUGAGUUGGGUGAUUUUCAAGUGAGGUCCUGCCUUGUACUUUCCUUUCCAUUAGGCUUUGACUGCUUCACAAGGACAUUACACAAGGCAGUAAAACCUUGGAUUCAUGCACCAAAUCCUCUUGCCUUCCAGGCCUCACACUUGUACCAACAGAAUAAGCCCCAGAAGUUGUAUUGUCUUUUAAGUUCUCUGAAACAGUUCUAACUGCUGUACAGAUUUCUGAGAUGAAGUUGUAAAUCAAAAUGUGUUAUAGUGAACUCAGGCCUUGUGCAAAAUAUUUAAUACUUGUUUAUUUGUCUAAUCGUACAGUCUCUGUACUAGUGGCAGUUUUAUGUUUUGAUUGUAAAACAUUAAAAUUCUCAUGAGAUUUAUAAAGUGAUGUUACUGUAGUGUCAGCUGUGAUUCAUAAAUAGUACUGUCAUAGCAUGGCAUUAGUGUAUAUCCGGUUUAUUGGACAGCUCUUAAAAAGCCAAAUUUAUUCUUGUAUCAACUUUUAGAUCAUUUACUUUAAAAAUAUGUAAAAGGUACAGUGACAGUUUUGAGAAAUUCAUAUCACUUUGUACUGUGAAUGAGGUUGCCUAUGGAAAUAAAUGAACUUUUCAUAUUUUCA